CCAUAAAAGAUUAUAUUAAAUGGAUUUUUUCCUCCAUAUAUCUUUUUUUAUUAAGUAGAGUAUGAUUUACUGUUUUUUCUAUAAUUAUAUCAGCAAACGCACCGCUUCAUCAAUUAAGUAAACAGGUUAAUACUUAAUUGUAUACUAAGCUAACACGUAUGUUAAACAAUGCUUAAAUGAUUUUUAUUACUCAUAAACACUGCACCAAGCCACCAAUUCAGAGGCUUUGUCUAACGUGUAUAUAUAAAGAGAGAGACUUCUACGAUUCUCUUCUAUUUUUUGCUACAUUUUUUUUUCCUCCUUUGAUUUUCAUUUUUACUAUUUUUCGUUUUACUAAGAGGGAAAAAAUGAGAGGUAGAGGAGCAAAGAUCGCCGGCGUUUUGCCGUUUUUUACGCUAUUCAUGGCCGGAGCAAUCUCCGCCUUUGAAGACAUAGAGAGGCUGAGGAUUUGGCCGUUGCCGGCGGAAGUUAGCCACGGUGGCCGGAGAAUGUAUCUAAGUGGAGAUUUCAAGCUUGUUACGGAAGGAAGCAAAUAUGAAGACACUACAGAGAUCUUGAAAGAAGGAUUUGAUAGAAUGCUCGAUGUUGUGAGACUGAGCCACGUCGUCUCUGGUGGCCGGAACUCUUCACGCUCCGGUGGAUCUGCUUUGCUUCAGGGACUCCACGUCAUUAUCUCCUCCUCCACGGAUGAGUUGGAAUAUGGAGCAGACGAGUCGUACAAAUUAGUGGUUCCAUCCCCAGAGAAGCCGUCGUAUGCACACCUCGAGACAAAGAGCGUUUAUGGUGCAUUACACGGUCUACAGACACUUAGCCAGUUAUGCCAUUUUAAUGUGAAGAAAAAGAUAAUAGAGAUUCUAAUGACUCCAUGGAAUAUUACUGACCAGCCUAGAUUCUCUUACCGUGGCCUUUUAAUUGAUACAUCCCGACAUUAUUUGCCACUUCCGGUUAUAAAGAACGUGAUUGAUUCCAUGACAUACGCCAAACUUAAUGUGUUACAUUGGCACAUUGUGGAUACACAGUCAUUUCCAUUAGAGAUUCCUUCUUACCCCAAGCUAUGGAACGGUGCUUACUCUUCCUCGCAGCGAUACACUUUCGAUGACGCCGCUGAAAUCGUCAAGUAUGCUGAACGAAGAGGGAUCCAUGUCUUGGCUGAGAUUGAUGUUCCAGGACACGCUCUCUCAUGGGGAAAAGGCUAUCCUUCCUUGUGGCCCUCCAAGAAUUGUCAAGAACCACUUGACGUGAGCAGUAACUUUACAUUUAAGGUCAUUGAUGGCAUUCUUUCUGAUUUCAGCAAGAUCUUUAAGUUUAAAUUUGUCCAUUUGGGAGGUGACGAAGUAAAUACAACUUGUUGGUCAGCAACACCGCGAAUAGCCCAAUGGCUCAAAAAGCAUCAGAUGAGUGAAGAAGAAGCCUAUCAAUAUUUCGUGCUACGGGCACAAAAGAUCGCUUUGUCUCAUGGAUAUGAAAUUAUUAACUGGGAAGAAACCUUCAACAAUUUUGGAAGCAAAUUAAACCCGAAAACCGUGGUUCACAACUGGCUUGGUACCGGAGUUGUUGAGAGAGUGACGGCUUCCGGUUUAAGGUGUAUAGUGAGUAACCAAGACAAAUGGUAUUUGGAUCAUAUAGACGCACCUUGGCAAGGCUUUUAUGAUAACGAGCCACUUCAAGCCAUAAAGGAUAAAAAGCAACAAAGUCUAGUACUUGGUGGCGAAGUUUGCAUGUGGGGUGAACAUAUUGAUGCUUCUGACAUUGAACAAACCAUUUGGCCUCGCGCUGCCGCAGCUGCAGAGCGGUUAUGGACACCUUAUGCAAAGUUGGCUACAAAUCCAGACAAGGUAACAACGAGGUUGGCUCACUUCAGAUGCUUAUUAAAUCAAAGAGGCGUUGCAGCCGCACCUUUGGUUGGUGGCGGAAGAGUCGUGCCUUUGGAACCAGGUUCUUGUCUCGCUCAGUGACACAGGUUUCAAAUGUAGAGUAUAUUACAUUUCACUAUUUCAGCAAGACCUUUUGUUAGAAAAUAUUUGGUCAAUUCAUGUUGAAAUGAACCCCUACAAUUUAGGGGUACUUAAGUUGUUUUCUUUGUUAUUUAGUCGUAGAUAUUUCCUUCCUGUUUGGAAAUAACCGUUGCAAUAUUUAUGUAGCUAGAAUUGGAAUUUAUAGCUUGAAUAAAGAAUACAUAGUUUGCAGUU